AUAUCAAAAACUUUUAUUGGGUGAAGGAGUCGACUGCUUAGCAGAAGAGACUGGAAGUGCAUUCUCCUGGUUCAAGGCAAGCGUUCCUGUGUGAGGUUCUGGGGAACCGCGGAGGAAGAGUAUAUUUGGAAGAUUUCUGCAGCAGAGCUUAGUACGCCAAUUGUCUUUAUCCAGCAUGCAAACACAGCCUCUAAAAAGGCCCAUUUUGUUCAGAGCUGACUUGGGUACAAAUCCCAGCUUAACGCUCCAGCAUCCAGCUUUUAUUUGCUGUGGUCAGAGCCUGAGGACCAGGUGACUCCAAGAACAAAACACUAGAGACGGAUGAGAGGCCGGGGAGACGAAGAGGGAGAAAGGCGGUGAGAAACAAGAAUGCACAGAAAAAGCCCCCGAAAACUGGGAAUGCUGUCCCAGUAAACGUGGUGGUCAGGGGCAGAUUUGUCCUGGAGCUGAUAAACUCCGCAGGCCCGCCUGGUGUUCGCCGAGUCAGGAAUCGCCACGACAUGGCAACUCUUUUAAUAAGGAAAAUGGUGAACCCUCUGCUGUGUCUCAGUCGUCACACACUGAAGCCUCCAGCCCUCUCCACGUUCCUGUUGGGAUCCCUUCGAGGUGCGGCCCCCGUGGCUGUGGAACCGGGGGCAGAAGUGCGGUCAUUUCUCUCCCCCGGCCUCCUGCCGCACCUGCUGCCUGCGCUGGGGUUCAAAACCAAGGGUGUCCUUAAGAAACGCUGCAAGGACUGUUACCGGGUGAAGAGGCGGGGCCGGUGGUACAUCUACUGUAAAACCCACCCGAGGCACAAGCAGAGACAGAUGUAGUCCCUUUCCCUCCAGUCACGCACAUUCUCGUCAUCGGGAGUGCUUGUGUCUUAGGAAUUAUCGCAUCAGGGAGUCAGGAGAGCGACUGGAGGCAAACGCCCUAAAGGUUACCUGUCACUUACCAGUUCAAAUGAGGACCUAUAGAAGACAUUGCAUCAUCUCAUUUCUAAAACGCUCCAAUUAAAAACAUUUUCCUGUUUGAAUAGAC